UCCAAGAACGACCGGAAGAUUUGUUUUGUUUCUAGGAGACCUUUCGAAGAGGAAACUUACACGGUUCUAAACAAGAUCCAGGCAACAUAGACAGAAGAAGUCUUAAAACCCCAUAAAAGAAGAAAGAAGAGGAAGAAGAAGUGUCUAAAACGCUAUAACAAGAAAGAUCAAGAACAAGAGGAAAGCAACACUUGCCCAUGAUAUGAAAGAUGCGUAAGGUGGAAGCAAGAGCCACAGGGCGACCAAGCAUCCAUGAUGACAAGUGUGGAACAUCGCCACGUAAUAAAACACCCCAGUCUUCAUCAGCCACAGGAAGGUCCCCACGAGUGACUAGGAGUGCAAAAGAGAACCAGUCACCUAUUCGAAGAAAUAAGCCAAGAGAUGACCAAAGCAGUGGUGAAGAGGACCUGGACGAGGUGGACCGCAGUACAAGCAUGUACCCUGACCUAUCUCCAUUUUCAUCAUCGGCAUCAGGAUCCCCCCAGGCAUGGAACCUGGACGAUAAUGAAGGACACACUCUCAAUGAUACAUUCUAUAGCACACGUUCACAGUGCCACACUCGAGCAACACAAAAGAGCCCAGUCAAAGGGAGUUUGCCGAGGGACAGGCCCGUGACCCCAGAGCAAGGAGCACAGGGAUGUAGGGUCAUUAGAGGAGGAGGAGGAGAAUUGGGUGACAGGGACAAGAUCCGUGCCAGGAGGGGUCCUGCGCCCUUGUUAAUCAUAGGCUUCACCUUUCUCCUUCUCUUUGCUGUGCUAAGGCUAAAGCAGAGCUUGGAUGAAGUGCAUGAGCUCUCUGAGCAGAAAGCAUAUGCCAAGCCAAUAGAAGAGGUCUACAGUGAAUUCAAACAGGACCUCAAACACUUUGUCAAUAAGUUCACACAGGAUAAGAAAGUAUGGGUCCAGUUAAUAGGACAGAUUGAGAGCAUCAUGGUUGAUUCACCUGUACAACCAGCCGUAUUGCUGGUAGUUGUCCCUGAAGAUGCCAGAGGGACAGCCACCUGCCUCAUCUACACCAUUGCACACCUGCUCAACAAAGCCUUUGAUGACCCAAGAUUUGUAAUGUAUGACACCAAGACCAAUGGCCUAGCCAAUCUGUCCUCACUCAAAGAAGAGCUUGACCACACACUCCAGGGUCUCAGCAACUCUCACACGGCUGUUAUACACAACAUAGAGAAUAUCCCGGGCAGAGCAGCCAUGAUCUUCCAUGCAUACUGUGACAAUGAGAAUGCUCCAUUUAAGCAGGCUGUGAUCUUCCCAAUGUUAGAUAUCAAAGGGAAGUAUGAAGAAGUGGCCCAGGACAAAACGAGAUUGGAUGACACUGUAGACAAUUAUCUGAACCAACUCUGGGGUGCUGAGCUGGAGGCCAAGGAUGUGUCCGCCAUCAUCUCACGGGUGGCAAACGCUCCGGUGCUGAUCAAGCCAGAGCCAGAGGAAAGAAUCAAGAUGAUGUGUCCAAUAUGAGGAAGAGAAGGGUGCUCAAAGCUGAUAUGGCAACUUCACAGCUGAAGUGCCGAUGGGUUUCCUCUUGGAUUUGGUUAUAUAAGGCUAACCUGGAGACAGCCAUGAGUAUGCAAGUAUGCAGGAAAUUGUUACUGGAAGAAAAGAGAAAAAUUGUAUGCUAGAUAGUACUGGGUGUGGAGUGAAAAUGCUGGUUUCCUUAAUUUUUUUCUUUUCUUUUCUUUUCUUUCCUGUUUUCUGCUUUCUUUUUUUCUGUAUAUCCAGUGAGGAUUGUUAUAUCAUGGAUUCUAAAUGAAGGGCAAUGUAGCUUUAGGAUUACCAGAUGUUAAUAGUAAGUGCAGCUAGUUAUAUAUGAUUAUACAUUUCUGUUUUGUUUAUUUUUCUGUUUAUUUAUAUAUUUAUUAUUAUUACUAAUAUUAUUUUUAUUAUUAUUAUGAUUAUUGUUUUUGUUAUUAUUAUUAUUGUUGUUGUUGUUAUUGUUUUUUUUUUCAUUAUUAUUGUUAUUAUUAUUAUUAUUACUAUUAUUAUUAUUAUUAUCAUUAUUAUUGUUGUUAUUAUUAUUAUUAUUAUUAUUAUUGUUAUUAUUAUUAUUAUUAUUAUUAUUAUUAUUAUUAUUAUUAUUAUUAUUAUUAUUAUUGCUUUUUAUUUAUAUUUCUGUAAAAGACCCAGUUAUUUCAGUCCUUCUCCUUGUCACCCAUUUGCUGCUGACCCUCUUACUAAGUGCCUUCUGUUAUGGCUUUUGAUACUGAUGGGGGCUAAGUGCAUACUUUAAGUACAGACAUGAACUUGAGUUGAUGGCAUUUUCAAAUCAUUGUAUGACCUAAUUAUGUUACUGAAGAGUAACUUUGAUAGAAGAAUUAAUACCAAAAUUUCUGCCAAUUACAUUGGUUAUAUUUUAAUCUCAUGCUUAACAAAUUUGUUGUUAUUAUCAUUAUUAUUAUUAUAUUUCUGAUUAUUAUUGUUAUUAUUUAUUUUCAUUGAUCUAAAGAUUUUUCUGGCAUGAGUAGCUUUCCUUUAUUCCUGUUUCAUUUCUUUAAGUCUCAUCUCACCUAGAUGGAAAUGAAAUGUAAUUACAUUUUUAUUGUGUUAUGAAUUUAGCUGUUGAUGCUUGGAAUUUAUAUGCAUAUGCAGUUAAAUUAAAAUUUUCAGAAAAAAAUACAAUUUUUAUUACUGUUGUUAUGAAUUGCAAAACACUCUUCCGUGCUGAUACAAUGGAAGAAAAACCCACAAUACAAAAACUAGAUUUAUUGAAAGUGAGACUACAGUUUCGAAAUCCACCAGGAUUCCAUCUUCAGGUCAGACCUGAAGAUGGAAUACAGGUGGAUUUCGAAACUGUAGUCUCACUUUCAAUAAAUCUAGUUUUUGUAUUGUGGGUUUUUCUUCUACUGUUGUUAUUGUUAUUAAUAUUAAUAUAAUAUCAAUAACAAUGACAAUACUAGUUAUGCUGAUUGGUAUAAUAAUGAUAAUAGAAAUCAAAACUUUUCCAAAAAUAUUCAAGUAAUGGGGUGCAAAAGUGAAGUCAGGUAGCCCUUGUAUUUCACUCUUUGGUAACUAAAAGCUUAUGGAAAUAUCUACAUGCAAAGAAAGAAUAAAACAAAACCAUAUUGAAUAGUACGUGUUCUCAGCAUCAGUGGUUUCAAGCUCUUGCACUUCACAUUUUUCAUUUUCAGAAUACAGAUAGGUAUUUCAGUAUUCUAGUAAAUGUUUGUGCCACAGCUGCAUACCAGUGUUAUGGAUGGAUUUUGAGCACAGGAUUGAUAUAUGUAGUCAAAGUCCAAUUAGCUAGAUUAGUGUGUAAAUUUUUUAAAAAGUAUUUAUUUUGUGGGGAUAGUGUGAUCAUGUUUAUGGUGUCUAAUUUUUGGCUGUGGAUUAUGUGUACCUAAUCAAUUAAAAUCCAUCAACAGAGGUUGUCGCACAAGGUGUCAGUCAUUGAUACAUACAUAAUAAUGAUAGAGGGUGCUUCAUGACUUAUAGAUAUUUGUAUUUACACAAAAAAUAAAGCUAUUAUCUAGUCGUAAGUGAAAUAAAGUAGCCAUCUGUAGUCAGCUAAUUCUUACCUGAAUGAAAAAGGGGAAGUAAUCUGCAGAGUGAUAAAUAAAGCAGUUGUUCUACUUAACUGACCCAAGAUUAAAGUUUACUCUAUAUGUCAGUUUCCUUAGUGCUAUUUAUGCAGUGAAUUUAGUUAUACUUUGUGAUUUUGAGUGUUUAUACAGAUGAAUGUGAAAAUAAAAGUAUGGUGAUGCUUCAUUUUGAUAUAUUAUCACUAUUGUUUGUUGCAUCACUUCUCUUGUGAAUUACCAUUUGUUUGAAGACCUUUGUAUUUACUAUAACUAAUUUUUAUAUGCACAGAAGCUGUCAAAGUAGUACCUCAGCUUGUUUGACUAUUUUUUCAUAUCUAUUUUUACAUGUAUUAGCAUUAUCAUUACUAUUAUUAUUGUCAUUACUAUUAUUAUUAUCAUUAUUAUUAUUAUUAUUAUUAUUAUUGUCAUUACUAUUGCUAUUAUUAUUAUCAUUAUUAUUUGUAUGUCACUAUCAUUUCUUAGUUUUAACAUCACCAUCUUUAUUAUCAUUGAUCUUUUAUUAUUUAGUUACCUUAUUUGAUUAGGCUAGAUUAAUACAAAGAGCAGUUAAUAUAUAAUCAUACAUGUUUAUUCAGAAAAACUGCCCUCUUUAUUUUCAGAGUGCAUCUUCCCCUCUCUCUCACUUAUUUUAUAAUUGAUUUGUAUAAAAAAAAAAAAAUUGAAAAGGACUUCGUAGAAGUACUUAUUUGCAGGUUUCUGUUACCAUAAAUAGCCUUAAAGAUUAAGUAUUGUUGUGUUCACCUGAUUUCCGUACUACAUCCUUUGAUAAUAAAUGUUGUUAUAUU